GAUAUUCUUGCUAUAUAUAUAGCCACAUAAUCGAAGCAUUGAUCCUCUACUUGUUCAAAAACCGACCCAUCAGCAUGGCAAUCAAGGUUUCUGUAGUGCUGCUGCUGCCUUUGGCCAUGCUGCUUCUCGUUGGCAACUCGCCAGCUGAGGCCCAGCUGGAGGUCACCUACUACAGCAAGACAUGCCCGAACGUCGAGGUGAUCGUCCGCGAGGAGAUGGAGAAGAUCAUCUCCGCCGCACCCAGCCUCGCCGGCCCGCUGAUAAGGCUUCAUUUCCACGACUGCUUUGUCAGGGGCUGUGACGCCUCUGUCCUGCUCAACUCCACCGAGGGCAACCUUGCAGAGAGGGAUGCCAAGCCGAACAAGAGCCUCCGGGGAUUUGGUUCCGUGGACAGGGUGAAGGCCAAGCUCGAGGCAGCCUGCCCCAACACGGUCUCCUGCGCCGACGUUCUUACCCUCAUGGCCCGCGACGCCGUCGUACUUGCCAAGGGCCCCUUCUGGCCGGUCGCCCUCGGGAGGCGAGAUGGCAAGGUGUCCAGCGCCACGGAGGCGGCGGACCAGCUGCCGCCAGCCAACGGAGACGUCCCGCUGCUCACCAAGAUUUUCGCUUCCAAGGGACUCGACCUCAAGGACCUCGUCGUCCUCUCUGGCGCGCACUCCCUCGGCACGGCGCACUGCCCGUCUUACGCCAGCCGGCUCUACAACUUCAGCAGCGCGUACAGCACCGACCCAACCCUGGACAGCGAGUACGCCGACAGGCUGAGGAUGCGCUGCAAGAGCGUCGACGACAAGGCCAUGCUGUCCGAGAUGGACCCCGGCAGCUACAAGACCUUCGACACCAGCUACUAUCGCCAUGUCGCCAAGCGGCGGGGGCUCUUCCAGUCCGAUGCCGCGCUCCUCACCGACGCCACUACCAGGGAGUACGUCCAGCGCAUCGCCACCGGCAAGUUCGAUGACGUUUUCUUCAAGGACUUCGGUGAGUCCAUGAUCAAGAUGGGCAACGUCGGCGUGCUUACCGGUGUCGAGGGGGAGAUCAGGAAGAAGUGCUAUAUUGUUAACUAAAAUUACUCUUACCAUACGCGUUAACUUAAUUCUUAAUUGUAACUGCGCGAGUUUGUACGUUGUAUGUUCGCAAGUAUAAUCAUUGAGUUUCGUUAGCAAAUAUUGUAUCAUGUGAUUGGUUCUUCUCGUUGCCAUAUCACACACAGAGUCACACAGAGAGAGGGUCGCUAGAUUUUCUUGUCACACACACACACACA